AUGAGCUCCUAUAAACAACUCGCAGAAGACUAUCAAACUGAACCAUCUGAUAGAGGGUCUAACCGACUUACUAGUCAGCAAUUCGACAACAUCGAGAGUGCUCUCGAGGGUGAACUGAAAGCCAACUCCAAAGCUUGGGGACUUUGUCGAACCGGACACAACAUGGAGAGAGAAGGUGUAAUGGGCACAACUUCACAGUCCAAUACCAGUUGUCAGCAAUGUACCAAUUAUCAGAAUGAGCACGCAGUCAUUCGAAAAAGGGCUGAGAUCAUGGGUAUCGACCCUGAACGGCUCGGGAAAUCGAGCUUGCGACAAUGGUGUGCGGGCAAAUUGUUCAGAUAUGUAAGAAGUGAUGGGAGGAAAAGCAAGGAAUCCACUUUCGCUGCUACCAAACCUGAAGAAGAGCUGGCUAGAUUAAGGUCAUUCACCAAUGAUGAGACCAGUGUCCUUAGUCCUUCUGAGGUUUUAUACUUCAAUCAAAUGAAGCAACGACUUAGCGAGAAGUGUGGUAACUCCGAUAUUUAG